AUGAAACUUGCCAACGAAAAAGAGCAUGUCUAUCCUUUUCAAUUGAAACCAACCAGCAAUAAUAAUAAUGGUAGCACUAACAAUACGCUGAUCACCCCUAAAUCCAUUCGUUAUACAGACAAGCGAAAAAAUCAAAAACUAUAUAAAAAGGAAAAAUUAAAAGAAGCCAGAGACGAAUAUGAGGAAUUGAUUGAAGACUACUUUCAUCAACUCACUGUCGGUUGUCAACAGAAAGAGUGUCGAAACAAGUUUUGUGCUUCUGGAAGAGGAGGCAUCAUGAGUUUACAACCUCAGGCUGCUUUGAUCAUGGCCAUUCAAUUGGCUUCAAUGCCAAAUUCAAGACUUUGUUCUAUUCAGAGAAAAUCAAUAGUUGAGAAUAGUCAAUGCUAUUAUUCUCUCUCCAAUGAUCCUACUACAACGACAAAACCAUUUUUGCAGUCUCUUUUUGCUUCCACUCCUUUUUCUGACUUGUUAUUAAAGCAAAAAACACAACAACAGACAUCUCGACAACCAAAGACCAGGAAGCGACAAAGUGAGACAACAAAACCUCAUUGGACAACUGAUUUUUGGAGAAUGUUAAGUCGCUUUACCAGAAAUCCUUCCCCCGAUCAAUCAGCAAGAGAUGAUGAAGAUGAAGAUGAUGAUAGAAAGUCUAGUCUAAUAGACAAUGUUGUUCAACAACUGGAGGAUCACAGCGAUUCCAGUUAUUAUCAAUUGGACCAAGAUGACAAGUCUUUAGCUAAACUCCAUCAUUUGGAAUCAGACGACAAUAGUAGCACCAUUAGUAGUAAUAGUAGUAGCAGCCAAAGUGGUAUGCUACUUGCUAUUUCGCCUAUAUCAGUCAACCUGGACCUUGCUGUUGAACAUUUGCAUCAAGCCAUCGUCACGAAAUCCAUUUCUGAAAGCAAUAUGGAUACAUGGUGUCGUUCUGUCUUUCAAAGCUGGGAAGGUGUAGGCAACAGCUUUUUAAUGCCACAAUCUGGCUUUAGUCUCUCGCCUUUAUUACAACACAAGGAUAUUUCAUUCAUCAAUCUAGACGAUUUAACACAAUUCUAUCAAUUAGUGAUUUAUCAAGAAAAGAAAUCCUCUAGCAACGAAGCUAGCAAAAAUCCUCGUCAAGUUCGUAUCAUGGAAUCUAUUUCAGACAGUUUUGAGACUUUACUGGAUCGAAUGGCAUUAAACGUAGAAGCAUUAUCUGAGAUUGACGUGAUUGAAGAAAUAGAGCCUUAUCAUAUUCGCAUGAUGAUGGAAUGGUGUCGUUCUAUUAUGGCUGUCAAUCAAUGGAUUUUUUGCUGCAAAGAGAAAAAAAGGGAAGAGCAAGAGGGACUUGCCACUUUAGUAACUACCUUAGAUGAUGCUUCUAUUUAUCAAAAGCGUAUGGUAUCAAUUGCUUCAACAAACCAAACCAUUUUGACUCAAAAGUCAAUCCAAGUAUUGAGCAAGAUUGCUCAGAAGAAAAAGUCAAUUAUUCGAAAGAUCAUGCAGAACAUGCUUGCUAGUUUGGAUGCUACACGUAUGCAUUAUAUGGUGAAAGACUUGCAGAAAUAUUUGCAAGAUCAUUAUCAUACAGGUCCCUAUAAACAUGGCUUAGAAGACACAGUUAUCAUGGCUUUAAAAUGCCUCGAAUUAAUUUACCAAAGCAGUAUGAAGAAUCCCACUUCACCUAUUAUACCACCUUCAGCAUUUUACAGUCAAGAUAUCUGUAAAAAGCUUAAUAUCAAAAAUGAAUUUCGUAUUUGGAAGCGCGUUUUACUUUAUGGUGAAGGCAGACAUUCCAACUUCAUCACUCGACAGGGCGAAACAGAGUAUCAACGAAGAUCACGUCUAUUCAUGACAACUGCCUCCACCUCAUCAUUGCUUCCUUAUCCUUUUGAAAACGAAUAUCAGUUCUCUUGGUUUAGUUAUCCCUUUUUACUGCCGCCCUCCAUUAAGCGCAAGAUUGUAUUGAUUGAUGCCAUGUCACAAAUGUCUUUAGAAUACGAAGAUGCAUGUGUGAAUCACACGUUGGUUGUUCAUGCUCAGAAGCUCUUGUCUGAAGCACCUCGUAUGCUUAAAAGUUUAGAGACAAAUUUACGUAGUGCAACAUGUCCUUAUCUCUUGCUUGAAAUUCGUCGAGAACAUUUUGUGGCCGACACAUUAAGCCAAAUGUCACGCAAAUGGAGCGAUUUAAAGAAACCACUCAAGGUCAAGUUUAUCGAAGGUGGAGAGGAAGGCAUGGAUCAGGGUGGUGUGCAAAAGGAAUUCUUUGGUGUUUUGUUUGAGAAGCUUGUGUCGUCGAGUGUUGGUUUGUUCUCACAAGACGAAAAUACCCGCUUAUGUUGGAUUCGACCUGUGUUAAAAUAUGAUGUUCGCAUGUAUGAAAUGGUCGGUGUCAUGAUGGGCUUGUCAAUCUAUAACGGUGUGAUCAUGAAUUUACAGUUUCCCAAGAUUUUGUGGAAAAUACUAGUGAUGCCUAACGAGGCAUUAAUUGAAGCAAUGGCUGAAAGGCAUCAAUUAUUUACCCUAGAAGAUUUAGAAGAAGGCUGGCCUGCGCUAGGUAAUGGACUCCGUCAAUUGUUGAAUUGGCAAGGCAGCGAUGUAGAGGAUAUCUUUUGUAGAGAUUAUGAGAUAUCAAUUGAAGUGUUUGGGCAAGGAAUUGUCACCACCCCCCUGAUGCCUGGUCAGGUUGUACCUGUCACCAAUGAGAAUCGGGAAGCCUAUGUGAGAGACUAUUGCACUUAUUUUAUGUAUACCGCUCAGAAACAACAAUUACUUGCUUUACGUCGUGGCAUGUGGAGUGUGAUUGGAAGUAGAGCCCUUAGUCUGUGCACAGCUGAAGAAUUAGAAAUGGUCGCUUGUGGCCUUCGUCAAGGCCCUGAUGCAUUAGACUUGAAUAUGUCAGAUCUUGAAAGCGUAGCAGAAUACGACGAUGGCUACAGUGCAGAUCAUCCUACCAUAAGACAAUUUUGGUCUGUUGUACAUCAUGAUCUGUCAAACGAGCAAAAGAAACAACUCUUGCUCUUUGUCACAGCCAGUGAUCGAGUGCCUGUAGGUGGACUAAAAGAACUCUCAUUUUAUAUACAACGAAAUGGUCCUGACAGUGAUAGAUUGCCUACAGCACUUACAUGCUUCAGUCGACUGUUGUUGCCUGAAUAUGCAACUCGACAAAAACUUCGUAAUAGAUUGAUAACAGCCAUUGAAAAUACCAAAGGCUUUGGACUUGUAUAA